GUCGUGCCGCUGCUUAUACCCGCUUAGGUAACUUUCGUUGCGCUUCCUCCGUGCAUAGCUUGUCGCCCAUUGGCAUUGCUCAGCUUCCCCCUUGAAGUUGUAGCGCUUUCUUCCUGAGCAGAUCCCCACACUGUGGCACUCAUGCCAGUGGGUGAAAGCUCUUGGGCAAAAGCUGCACUUUGGCAGCCAGGUUCCAUAGUUGGUCACUAAAAUAGCGCGCUUGUGCACCAAGGCAUGUUACCCAGCCAACUGCGCUCCCAAAACUGUGCAAUGCAAGCCUGCUGAUUGGAAAGGUCUCUCAGCACUUCAGUAAAAGGGGUUUGAAAACCAAGACGCAACCCCAAGUUCCAGAGUUGGCCUUCAGAAGAAGGACCCAAGGAGAAUGAAAGCAGCAUUGGAAGGAGAACGGCAUCCUUGAUACCAGGCAAACAUAUUGCUGCAGUGACUCGUUCUUCUUGGCGUCAUUGACUGGCAUCAACCGGACGCUUCUGCUUCAAUUUAGAAGAACGCCCCCAAGGGGCUUACUCAUUUCUGAUUGUUGUUCUCGGCGUUCGUUGAUUAGCAUCAGCUGAACGCUUCUGCCUCAAAAGAACUGAACGCCCCUGGGCCCUAGUCGUCCUGUGUCGUUAGGAUGGGGCUGUCAACCGAAGCUCAGAAGCAGGUGCGGGAGGCUGCUAUCAAAGAGCUGAAGGGGGCAAAUAUGGAGGACAUGACUGAGAGGAAGCUGAGGACUGCACUGGAGAAACAGCUGGGGCUCGAGCUGGGGGGCGAGGAGGAAAAGAAGUUCCUGAGGGCCGUCAUCGGCGAGUUUCUGGACCAGGAUGAGCCUGAAGAGGAACCAGAGGCGCCUAUCGAAGUGAAGCGAAAAAAGCCUGAAAAGGAGGGGCCGUCCGGUGGGGGGUCCAAAGCCCCCGAGGCUAAGCGAGUCAAGGAGGUGGUGGAGAAGAAGGGCGCACAGCCAGACAAGUGGCAGUACAUUGGGGAUGGGAAUCUUCUCGUUUGUGAGCUAAGCGGGAAUAAGAAAGUGACUGUCUCAAAGUGGAAGAACCAGACGCUGGUCUCAAUCCGGGAAUACUACGAGAAAAACGGGGAGCAACUACCCGGCAAAAAGGGAAUAUCGCUGACCCUUGAGCAGUGGAGGGUCCUUCAGCAGAAUGUCGACGUUGUAGAGGAGGCCGUAAAGCAAGUCUCGUGAGGCGAGAUGCGACCUAUAGAAUUUGAGGACCUUCUCCAGACGCAUUAGCUGAUUGUGUCAACGAAGAACGGAGACCUACCAUGUCAAUGUUGGACAUGGGGCUGGCUCAAACAUCUUCGCGUACAUGUACCAUACGUCAGGUUAACGGACCAAUGUUACCCAGCGAUUGUAGGGCUAGAUAACAGCGGUAGGGCCUGCCAACUGCCUAGGAUUAAACGACAUCUAUCCAAUCACGAGCAGUCAGUGUCAUCUACCCCACCAGUGGGCCUCUGUUUCAGUUGCAAGCCUGGCCUCAGUGGCAUGCACUUUACGUACCUUCGGCUUCACUCGCAAUUAAGCUCGUGACCGAAAACUAUGUCUUUACGGUGCCGUAGUAUACGAAAUUUUCUUUGGUAAGUCCUGAGGUCUAUAUAUUGAUAACAACAUCCGAUCGAUCGAUGCCAGACUCGAGCUGUUGAGCUGUUCGAAUUGUAUAACCGGG